CAUGACCCACACCCAGCCAGCAACCAGGGUGCCGGAGGAACUUGUCUGGGGACACCAUCUUACCCCACCACGAUGCCCUCUCACCCCUUCGGGGUGAGCUGGCAGUUCCUGCCCCACCGGCAACGCAGACUGUAAUUACCGGGGCAGGGCAGAAGCAUCAGCGAUAAUUGGGGGUGACUCGUUUGCUCGGGAGCACCAUGUGCCCUGGGUGUGGCAAGACUUUCCGGAAGAGCUGGUCUGCAGGGCCAGUUGGCAUCCCCGUGUGCUGGCUGCUGUGCAGGGCCUGGCUGACUCCACCACUGGAGGCGGGCUGGGGCUGGGUGUGGGGUUGAGCACCAUCAUCGCCUUCACUUCGUGCUGUAGCACACCCUGGCCCUACCACCCCCAUAAAAGGCACAGCAGCAGCAGGCUGGUGGCAGGAGACUUGACGGCGCAGACGGUGAGAGUGCAGGGACCGGACAGAACUGCACAAAGGAGAGGCAGAGAACAAGGGAUAAGGAGGUACCAGGGUCCCCUGUGCUGGCCAAGCCUUUGCCAUGGGUUUCCCGUAGCAUGCGUAGGACGCCACACAAGGGGAUUUGACACACGUGCCCUGGCAGGGGCAGGCUCCCGCGGCACCAUGAACCGGAUCACGGUGUACGAGCGUGACAACUUUGAGGGGCUGAGCCGGGAGUUCACUUGUGAUGUGCCUGACCUGCAUGAACUGGAUUUUGGGAACUGCAUCGCCUCCCUGAAGGUGGUAGGGCAGCCCUGGAUUGCCUACACAGUCUCCAAGUAUGAGGGGGAGUCACAUGUCUUUGAGGAGGGUGAGUAUCCCUCUGUUGAGCGGCCGAACAGCUUUUCAGCACUGCGUCUUGUGCACCAUGACCUAGGGGACCCUCAGAUCAUCCUCUAUGAGCAACCCAACUUCCAAGGCGCCUGCAAGGUGGUGACAGAGGAGACCAACUUGGCGUAUGGAUACUUCAAUGACCGGGUGGCCUCUCACGUGGUGCAGCGGGGGGUCUGGCUGCUCUACCAGCACCCUGGGCGGGGUGGUUGGCACUGCCUGGCAUGGCCCGUUCAGAAAGGACGCAGCGAAUCCAGCACCCGCCGGCAACGCGUGGAGGUGCAGCUGCCGGCUAAAAUUCCUCCGCACACGGCACUCAGCAUCCAUAUCUUGCGGAAGGAAGUGACACUCUCCGUCCCGGUCCUGCUCACCAUCACACAGAAUGAAGCUGUCAGUACGGAGAUGGGCGAGUACCGUAGCGUCUCUGGUACUAACAUCAGUGCCCGAUACAGCCUGAAGCCUCUUCCGGCUGCAGGCAGGGAGCAGACGCUGAAGGGACAGAGAUAGUUCUUGGCAUGGGGAUGGAGCUAUAGCAAAGUCUUUUUCAGUGGUGUGGGACCCACAGGGACACCAGUGCUGCGUGCCAGACUUACCCGUGGAGGAACCAACACAUUCAACCUGAUGGUGCUUCCUACUGCCAGGUGUUGCCAAUAAA